UGGGCGAGCUUUGAUAUGAUUGGUUCUUCCUUCUCGCGGCCCUUUCUCUCUCCUGCUGCUCGAGGAGCCGGCCGCCACCAUGGUGAGUCUUCCUGGGUUCUAGACGCCAUCCGUCUCGCAUCCGCGCCAUCCCUCGGCUCGGCUCUCGACUCUCUUCUCAGCCCGUCUUCUGGAAGCCUCUUGUCCGCUCCGAUGUUGAAACUAGCCGGGAACCGCGCUCCAAGAGCGAAUGACACUGUAACCAUCAGAACCAGGAAGUUUAUGACAAACAGACUUCUGCAACGUAAACAGAUGGUCAUAGAUGUUCUUCAUCCUGGAAAGGCCACAGUACCCAAGACUGAAAUUAGAGAAAAAUUGGCCAAGAUGUACAAAACAACUCCAGAUGUCAUUUUUGUCUUUGGAUUCAGAACCCAUUUUGGUGGUGGCAAAACAACAGGCUUUGGCAUGAUUUAUGAUUCCCUUGACUAUGCAAAGAAAAAUGAACCAAAGCACAGACUUGCAAGGCAUGGUCUGUAUGAGAAGAAAAAGACAUCAAGAAAGCAGCGAAAGGAACGAAAAAACAGAAUGAAGAAAGUCAGGGGUACUGCAAAGGCAAACGUCGGUGCUGGCAAAAAGGUAGAGUAUAUUGAGGGAAGAACUCUAAUGUAAAAAAUUGAAUUUUAGAAGGGAGGGUUUUUUUCAUUGAAUAAUCUUUUUUACUAUUUUCCUCCUACUUUUUCUGGAUAACAGAAGGUAAUAUUUUUUAAGAAGCUACACAGUAGAAUGCCUUUUGGUAGCUUAGCUUUGCUACGUUAUAAAUUGGUGGUUUGGAUUCUACGUUGGUUCACUUAUAUUGAAAUUUGAAUCAAAAAAGCCUUCCUCAUUUAUGUCCUGUUUAUGCAGUGAUCAUCAAGGGCUGGCAGCACUUGUUCUUUAGGACUUAAUCAGGUCUUUAAAAUUGCUGCCUGCCCAAGAAACAAUAUAUUUGAAUCAGCGUGAUGCCUACCUCCUUAGAAGGGCUGGAGAAAUAGUCCUUGUAUUUAGUUUGCUAGGUUACUUUUCAGUUCCCCAUGAAAUCAUAAUGUCUCUUGCUGAUAGCUUUAUAAUAUUUCCCUAAGCAAAGUCCAAGUGAUAAUGGUGGGUUGUUAAAGGGUUAAACAAGUGCUUCUGCAACAUUUAGUGGUAACCUUUUCUUUUGCCUUCCUUUCAUACUUUCUUGGAUUUCUUGUUCAUCAGAAAUGAAGUGUCUGGCAGGUACUGAAUUUGAACACAGCGUGAUGAUUGUAGAGACUGCAUCACACUUAAAUUUUGUUUCUGCUUUGCAUGUCUGCUUUGGACUUUGGAGUUGUAUGGUAUUCUGUAGUGCAGAAUACCAUGCUUUAGAACAAGAACAGUUAAUGACCAAAGAAAUAGGAACUGAUUAUCUUUGUUCCUGAAAUGCAUGUUAUUUUGGGAAUAAUCCAGUGGAGGAUGGGGUGGUGCCUCAGGAUGACUGCUUUUUAAUUUUCACUUGGGGAAAUGUGUUAAAGAAUUAUUUUUUUGUCCAUUUAAGUUGUCAACAUUUUAAGUGGCCUACCACAAAGGAAAUAUAUAGUGAUUAUUUUUGAGUUGCUUUCCAAAUAGAAAAGCAACUUUUUGUCAAUAAUGUUUUUUCUUGUAUCUUACCAACCUUUCUCACCUUGUCCAGUUAAUUUCAGGUGUCUCUUAUGGAAAGAGAAAUCUAGUACAUAGAAGGUUUUUUUUAAAGUUUAUUGUGAAAGUGUUCUUACUCCAAUAUAAGUUGGAGUUUGGCAAAUAUUUGUACAUCCUUGGUUGUUGAUAAAAUUUAAAAAUCAAUCCUAUAGACAAUCCUCAACAUUAAGGAUGCCUUUGUGUUUAAUUUCUUGGUGACAUCGAAUAAGGAACAAUGAGCAUUUUGAAAUACAGUUCCUAGUGCUUCAUUUUCUUCAAAAAAGAUAAAAGCCAGGAAUGGAAAAACAUUAAGUCAUAAUUAGCUCCUUUAAUUAAUAAGAUUGAAAGAUUUAACACGUUGGUUUAUCUUUCCCAUUCAGAUGGCUAGCUCAAUUGUGCUAACAUUUUGUCAGAAAGAUUACAUGAUUUCUGCUAUCAGUGUCCAUUUGUUUACAUUGAUAGAGAAGUUAGAGAUCAGGGACAACUCAGUUAUUAGUGAACUCAAUAUGAAAGACUUUAGAAAGCACCUAUACCAAUUUUUAAAAGAGUAGUCCUAGAAUUUUACCUUGAACAGCUAAAUUCUGUUUUUGCUGUUUUUUCCCUCUAGGUAUGUCAGUUAAAAUCUUUUGAAGGGAAAUUGCAUGAGAAUGUAAAUGUAACUCCAAGUUCAGUGUGCUAUAAUUUAUUGUUCUGGUCCUCAAGUCAGUUUGUAUUGUUGGCCAUAGAAUGUUGCCUAGAGUACUUGCACUUGGUCUAAACCAGCAUCGGAUUUAGUAGUCCAGGUUAUCAUGGUUUCUAGGUAUAAUGAAUGAGCUUUCAUUUGAGAUGAUCAAUCACUACCCUAUUUAUGUAGAAUCGAGUGGUGAUUGGUACUGUCUUCCCACAAGUGGUAAGAUUAAAAUCAUUGUCUAGAAGUAUUAACUGAUGUGAGUGCUAUAUGAAAAGCUAAAGAAAAUUAAGGUAUUUGAUUGCAUGCACUUACAUGCAAAUCAUUUUGUUUUUGGAGUUUGAAAGUAACUAUUAAUGACACUUUUCUUUCCUUUAUCUUUCUCCCUCCUGCUGCCACUGAUUCAGUGAGCUGGAGAUUUCAUAACAGGUAUAAUUCAAGCUUUUUGUUUAGAUGAGUAGUCUUUUUAGUAACUGAUAUGCCAGUUUAGAGAAGCAUGUGCAUUAGGAAGUAGAUAUAGAAAUGUUUUUUUUUUAAGCACCCUUAUAGCAUUUUUUUUAUCAUAGCAUCUUUUUUUUUUUGGAUCUUAACAUUCAAAACUAAACCUUUAUAGUUAAAAAAUAAAAACCAUAGAUUGUAGCUUAUUAAAAUUAACAUUUAUUUAACUGUUAUACAUUGAACAUUGACCAAAAUAACCAUGUUCUUGAUUUACUAAUAAAUCAUGUUUUGCAUGGAUAUUUGAUUUGAUUGUCAGCUUGAAAUCUUAGUAACUGACUUUAGUAUAUUUUACUUUUUAUUUACAGAAGGAAUAAAUGGCACACACUAUGGAUGGUGUUUAUCCGUGAAGAUAAUAUGGAUUUUUUCAUCAGGGUACAAAUAAACCUUGUAAAAACUUCA